GUGUUCCGUCUUUUCGUCGACAAGUCUUGUGUUUCCUUCACUCGUAUCUCUACGAGAUCUCCUCAAGAAAAGACGGUCCAGCGGAGAGAUGUCUGGAGGAGGGUUCACACUGGUAGAUUUCACUGUGCCGUCUCGCGACAAUACAAUGACCCACGAGCCUACCGAGGCCCCACUCUGUGAUGAGUGUCAGGCAAAGGACCUGUGCUUCUUUGACCCAACGUGCAGUGGCUGCCAGGACCUUCUGCUAGAUUCCAACACCACCAUCUCUCAGCUGUUUGCAGUCAUGCGACAAUGGGUUCCGCAGACCCAGAGAAACAUGUCUUCUCUCUCCAGAGAGGUCCUCCGAAGAGGAGCCAACGUCAACGAUCGUGACGGACUGACCGACCUCUCUCUCCUCCACUUUGCCUGCAAGUCAGGGGCAGCCGGAGUGGGCAACAUCGACGCCGCAGUCAACCUUGUCAACUCUCUCCUCAACAAAGUAUGCAUUGAUGCAUCCACCACAAAGUGAUUCUUUCUUGCUCAAUCUUCUUUGCUAUCCACAUAAAUUCUCUGUCGAUGCAUUCCUAGUAGACAAAUUCAUGAGUAAUCGUUCAUUAUGUUUCUAGCCCAGAAGGUUAUGUAUCUAUAAUGUACACUUUCCCUGCUAUUUUACACACUGGGAUUUACAGCCCUAUGGAUUACAGUAGAAGAUUUACACUCUCUGUCAACGUGGUGAUUUUACAGUCAUAAUUCCUUACUCCACUUUGCGUUGCGUAUUAUUUGCAAAGUGCAAAAGUGCAAAAUCCGUUGACCCAAUCAAUAGUGACUAUUGAAGGACGACAUUGUCUAAAGUACAGCAUACACACACACACACAUGGCACAAUGGUGCUCCUUUAUGGAGGUCAGUAUACUUACACGACACUCCUCUUUCUAAACAUGGCGGCCGUUUAUGGCACGGUAUUGUCUACAAUGUUUGACAAAUUGUCAUGUGACAUUCACGUGCCUCUGGCAUAUUAGUCAUUCCCAUACCCUCCCAUUGUCUGGGGACGAGACUUAAAUGUUCCUUUCAGAAUGUGUUGUUACAUUGCAUGAUGUCAUCAUAGGAUCACAUGACC